UACAAGCCACAGGGAGCGUUCAUCAUUGCCAGCACAAUGAUCAGGUUGCUUGGUUUGCUUGCUGCAAUCACCUACCAAGAUUUAAUUUAUGCCCAAGAUACCAUAAAUGAUUACUGCACUGAUGGGUGGGUGAAUGACAAUGGAUUCUGUUAUCUUGUCAAAAAUAAUGUACUUGCGACUCAACAGCAGGCUUUGAAGGAUUGCAAAGACAAAGGUGCUGAUUUGUUAACGGUGGAAACUCAGAGCGAAUUGACUUUCCUUACUGGAGAGUUGGGGGUGUUCAAGUCAGCCGGCUGGUGGACUCAGAUGAAGAGACGAAGAAAUUCAUGGACAUGGGCGAGAAACUGGCCUGUGGACAAGGCCGUUUUGUCUUGGGGAAAUGAGCCAAACAACGCCAAGGGGAAUGAGAACUGUGCUGCAGUUAAUGAACAAAUGACCUUCACCGAUGAAUCGUGUGACCAGAAAUAUGGCUACCUCUGUGAGGUUAUGCAGGAAGGAUGUCCGUUGGGUUUCCUCAUCAGUGAUGACAGAUGUCUGUAUGUCAGUAACACGCUAAAUGCCUCGGAGUUGAUGACAAAACAACAGGCCCAGGCACGCUGUAAGAGUAUGGGAGGCAACAUACAGCUAGCCAACCUUGAGAAUCAGGCCAACAUCGACUACCUGAAGACCGUUUUACCGGAAAACGCGCAGAACACCCUACCCUGGUGGGUUAGUGCCACGAAGACUGGUGGUCAGUGGAUGUGGGACAAUGGCUCACCUGCUCAGCUGACAUGGGCACAAGAGCCUAACAACUUGAAUGGUGGAGAAAGAUGUGCAAUUUUUGUCAAUGGGAAGUUCGCUGAUAAAGCCUGCAAUUCACUAUUUAAUUAUGUAUGCAAGAGAACAGACGGUUCAGUUCCUCAGACGCCUUACGACGGUAAGUUUGGCUGCGGUUCUUGGACAAGAGCCGGAAAGAAAUGUUAUUUCUUCCAAACAAUGUUUGGUGACACUCAAGAUGGCGCCCGACAGAGAUGUCUUAAUGUCGGGGCUGAUCUCCUCAAGAUAGACUCCCUAGACGAGCAGGACUGGAUAGACAAAAUUGCGACGUAUUACACGACGACGUACUGGACACAGCUUAGAUCCUCGGGAGGUGGGCCUUGGGCGUAUGCUGAUGGCAGCCAACCUUCACAGGAUGUCUUGGUUUGGAACCAGGAGCCGAAUGAUUAUAUGGGAAUUGAGGACUGUGUGGCGAUCACCGCUAAGUUAACCUGGAAUGAUCAGCCUUGUGGUCAGAAUGGAGGAUACAUCUGCGAGGCUCCUUCUACAGGCGGUUGCCCGAAAAACUGGGUGAGUAACAAUGCGGGGGUGUGCUAUCUGUUCGGACCCACGGCAAGCAACGUCACCAACACGAUGAGCUGGGGAGAGGCUCGGAGCCUGUGCCAAAGACUGGCGGAACCUCUAGUCGGGACGCUGUUAGCUGUUGAUGACCCGGACGAACUGAAUUUCGUCAACAAUCAGUUAUCAACACGACAAUCCCUGAGUCUGUUUUACUGGACAGGGCUUAAUGACCGCCAGGGGGAAGGCUUGUUGACGUAUGCUGACCAUCCUGAAAAUCCCGUGGACAAUUCUCUCAUUCCUUGGGACAAGUCUCCGUCGUGCUCAUCUUGUAACCCCGCAUGCGCAAGCAUCAACGCUGGUGGUUAUUUUUCAGACUACAGCUGUGACAUGAAGCUGCCUUUUGUGUGCGAAAGAUUCGCCACAGGUAUCAGUGGAUCCAAGAAAAACAGUCAGUCAGUUGGUUUGAUUUUAUUCGUUUCGGCGGCUUUGGUUUUGUUUAGAACGAUGUUUUAGUUAAGCGGUUUACGCCCUGCGACUGUAGGGCUCAAAACAAACCGUAUAAACAUUCACAAGUUCUUAAAACAGCUUAGAUUCUGAACUUGUGUAAAUGUCUCUUGCACUUCUUCAAUUAUUAAUUUGGAUCGUUUAGUAAUUUUGUUCAUUAAACAAAUGAUUAAUAAUGGCCUGGGUUUUUGUUUGCAUCAAAUUAUAAUCCCAUGCAUAUAGUAUCAAGACACAUUGUAGCAAAAAUAUGGUCCAGAUAUUGUCGCAAAUGAGCUAUGUUGACUUUCAGACUGAAAUAGGAAUUAACUUUAAAAUGUGGUCAUAGUACAUUUUUUUGUCAUAUUGGUACAGUCUCCGUUGGUUUGUAAAUAAUUAGAAUACUUUGCUAUAAGAUAUACUGAGUCAUUAAUAAAACGUAUACUAAACAGAGCAAAGGCUAAUGGUGGCAAAAUUAUCUUAUCUCGUAUUAUAAUGUAAAGUUGUCGUAUGUGUUGUACUAUGUGCGUGAUUGAUAAACUUUUUAUAAACUCGUUUUUUCAUACAAAGGUGUUUCCUCUAAAUUUGCUGUUCCAAGUGCAUCACAGAUGGUAACUCCUUCAAAACAA